AUGGAGGCGUUAUUGCAGGCGCAGCAAGAGCUUCACGUGCGCAUUAGUAACACUCACGACAAUCUGAAGAAAAUGGGAAGCGCAAGGCUCACCCUCGGUCUUAUUCAAUCCACGAUGACCUUGCUUGAUAAAAAGUGGACUCAGUUUGAAGAGCAACACACUGAAUUACGCUCCACCUACUGGAACGAAUUGAAGAAAUCCGAUUAUUUUGUCAAAGAUUUCAUAACGGUGGCCGAAACGACGUAUCUGACGCAACGAGCGACGCUUCUCGAACUUGAGCGAGCUUUGCAGACAAAAUCUGAAGAGGUCACAGCGGAGAGAUCUAAGCCCGGCCNAGCGAAAAGUGCAUUGCCGCGCAUUCGGCUUCCGGAAUUUUCUGGUGAAUUUGANGAAUGGCCCGAGUUUCGUGAUCUGUUUCUUUCCAUUAUCAAUAAAGAUUCGACUAUCUCAGGUGUCGAGAAGCUGCAUUAUUUAAAAACAAGCCUGAAGGGCAGUGCAGCAAAUCUACUGAGAAAUUUACCGAUCACCGAUGAGAAUUUNGAUCGAGCUUGGUCAAUGCUAACCGGUCAUUUCNAAAAUAAGCGUCUCCUCACGCAGUCUUAUCUUGCGCGCUUUUCAUCACUUCCAAAGAUGAAAGGCGAGACUGUCGGCGACCUUAGCAAAAUUUAUCACGGAAUGCUAAGCACNGUAGCCGCUCUUGAGGGCAUAAAACGGCCGAUUACAAACUGCUCCGAUCUCUUUAUUCAUUUAGUUGUGGAGCGCAUGGCCACACGCACAAGAAGCGAGUGGGAGGACACGGUCGGCAGCUCUACAGAUCCACCAUCUCUGGAACAGCUCGAGAAAUUCUUGGAGCACCGAAUGCAUACUCUAGAAGCUAUGGCGAAGGCCUCUUCAGCAACGAAGGGGGAUAGUCAAGGCCGCUCAACGCGCUCGCAUCUCGCUAAGAAACAAAGCGGUAAGACCAAUCGGUGUGUGUGCUGCACUCAAAACCACUACGUUUUGUUCUGCGAACAGUACAAGCAGAAGAGCGCAAAUGAGCGGAAGGACGUGAUUGAAAAAAAUAAUCUGUGCAUCAAUUGCCUAGGCAAGCACGCAGUGAGCGACUGUCAUUCGCAAAAAACUUGCUCAAAGUGUUCUAGUCGACAUCAUACUACCGUGCACGACGCGAUNGCUACCGCGGCGUCUCCUAGUGACGUGNCAAGAGCGUCCACGACUAGUCACGUAACGCAUCGAAAAACAAACGCUGUUGUCAUUUUAGCGACCGCGCGCGUAACCGUGCUCGAUAAAUUCGGUGUAGCUCAUCUCGCCCGCGCGUUGAUAGAUCCGGGUUCUGAAACUUCGCUUGCGUCUGAGUCGCUUGCUCAACGCUUACGGUUGCCACGAAAGCACGCAGCCGUCACAAUUUUUGGAGUCGGAGGAAAGAAGACAGCCACAUCAAGAGGGCGAGUUCAGCUAACAAUCCGUUCGCGAGUCGAUUCCGGUUCAUUAUCGAUUACUGCUUUAAUAUUGCCACGUCUCACGGCCUACGGCGGCAAAGUCAGUGCCGACCUAGCAGCCUGGCCUCAUCUUCACGAACUGGAUUUGGCAGAUCCAGAUUUCUUAGCACAAGACCCGAUCGACUUACUACUCGGAGCUGACGUUUACUCAACUAUUCUGCAAGAGGGCCUGAAGAAGGGCAGCUCUCGUUCACCAAUUGCUCAGCGCACAAGUUUAGGUUGGAUUAUUUCCGGUCUCGCAGGUGAGACAGGACAGGGCGNGGAAAUGUCAUUCAAUCAAUGCUCCAUCACCGAGGAUCUCAGCGCUCUCGUACGGAAAUUUUGGGAGCAGGAAGAGCCUCCAGCAACUUCGCUUCCGCUGACUGCAGAAGAAAAGCGGUGUGAGGAAUUUUAUGAAUCGACCCACUCGCGAAAAUCGGACGGCAGAUACGUGGUGCAACCUUCAACAAGCGAGCAGCAAAAGCAAACGUGCUACUUGCCGCAUCACGGCGUGUUAAGAGCUGCAAGUCAAACAACUAAACUCCGCGUAGUUUUCAAUGGCUCACAGCAAACUUCAGCCGGAGAUUCUCUGAAUCAAUGUCUUCUGGUGGGUCCGAACCUCUUGCCGGCUUUAGCAGAUGUCAUCACACGAUGGCGCUGUCACAGAUAUGUGAUGAUCAGUGACGUGGAAAAAAUGUACCGCCAGAUCGAAGUUCAUUCAGACGACCGCAAUCUGCAACGAAUAUUGUGGAAAUCCAAUUCGUCAAUUGAAGAAUAUCACCUAAAUACGGUCACUUACGGCCUUGCAUGCGCCCCUUUCCUCGCGAUCAGAACUCUCAAACAAUUAGCUAACGACGAAGAGGAACACUUUCCCGAGGGAGCUGCCGCACUACGUCGCGACGUCUACGUGGACGAUGUGCUUACAGGAGCUCAGUCUCUGAGCGAAGCAAUCAAGUUGCGAAGUCAACUGCAGGGCUUGUGCAAGGCGGGCGGAUUUCCAUUGAGGAAGUGGGCAUCUAACGCUCCGAGCCUUGUGGAUGAUCUGUCGCCAGACCUGUGCGCUCAGCAAAGUCGCAGCUGGCAGUCGGGCGAGCUUCACUCAGCGCUGGGCCUCCAGUGGGAUCCUUACUCGGACUGCUUUGCCUUUGUCAUCAAUCUGCGUUCGAGAAGUUCAACACUCACGAAGCGCAACUUACUGUCAGAAACGGCGCAGUUGUUCGACCCGCUGGGCUGGCUUUCCCCCGUGANUGUCAGCGCCAAGCUGCUUAUUCAAACUACAUGGCUGCAGCGCCUCGACUGGGAUGAUCCACUCCAAGAAGAAGAAGCGGCUGAAUGGAUACGCUUUCGAGAGGAAUUGUCGUCAUUAAACACUGUGCGUGUGCCUCGAUGGACUCACAGCGAUGCGCACGGAGCGCGACUGGAGCUACACGGUUUCGCAGACGCUUCCGAAAGAGCCUAUNCUGCAGUAGCAUAUCUACGUGCCGAGAUAGAGGAUGGUCAAGUUCUCACAUCUUUNCUGCUCGCGAAAACCAAGGUGGCGCCGCUGAAGAGNAUAUCCUUACCGCGUUUAGAACUGUGCGCAGCUUCACUGCUCGUGAAAAUCAUUCAUCACAUUGUCACAAUCUUAAACAUGCCGACAGACGCCAUUCACCUCUGGUCAGAUUCCACCGUCACGCUAGGGUGGAUUCAAGGUCAUCCCGCUCGUUGGUCUACUUACGUUGCCAAUCGUGUCUCAGAGAUACAGCGCGUACUUCCAAACGCAAGCUGGCACCACAUUCGCAGUGAUCAAAAUCCCGCCGAUUGUGCAUCCCGAGGUUUGUCUCCGAGAUCAAUACUCAGUCAUCCGCUAUGGUGGCAUGGGCCGCCCUUUCUCUCUGCUAAGGCGAGCUCGUGGCCAAAAGUAUCGCCUUCGGAUUUGGAUGACGAGCUGCCAGAGCAGCGGGCGCGAGUUCACAACGCUGCAGCAGCAACCGCUCUCAAGGAGUCCGACAUACUUCUCAGAUUCUCGUCGUUAUCUCGUCUGCUCCGAGUAACGGCAUGGAUGCUACGCUGGGCGAAGGGUGGAUCCAGAAACUUUAAUACUUUUGUUUUGUCACCAGAUGAGCUAGACCGCGCUGAGAGGGUAUGGAUUCGUCACUCGCAGGCAAUAUUUUUCAAGGCAGAACUCAGGGCACUGAAACAAGAUCAGCAAUUGGAAAAUCGCAGCACAAUCAAAACUCUCAACNCCUUCAUGGACGAUCAGGGCACACUACGAGUCGGAGGACGAUUGAAACACGCUCAGCUCAGUGACGACGAGCGACACCCCAUCAUUCUGCCUCAAACCUCACAUUUCACCGAGCUUGUAAUUCAAGCUUGCCACAAAAGAGUACUGCAUGGCGGAACUCAGCUCACAUUGAGUUAUUCAGUAGAGGAGUUGACAAUUGCAGCCGCCCAGGAGUACGAGCGGCAGUUAACAGAAAGAGAAGCAGCAAUUCGGGCCACGGAAAUAGAAGUACAGAACCAACUUGCAAGAUUACAAGAAAUGAAUACACCACAAAGGUUCCUGGUCCUCGACGCAAGCGAGCAACCCAAGCCAAUCUUCCGUCCUAGUGCGAGCUUUUCCAGAGCAUCAACGGACAUUGAUACCUUGCGGGCAGAGAUAGAAUUACUCAAGCGAGAGUUAAGAAGAAAUCGAAUUCCUGCCGCCGAUCAUUUUUGGCAACUUCCUACGCCACAUAUGAAGCUGAAAGAAAUUGUUGACACCAUUCCUUAG